UGAAAUUGUGUUUGGAGCGGAACGCUUGGCGCACUUUUCCCUUUAUAGCUCCAAAUCGUCGCGUUUGCAGUUCGUGUUUUAAUUUGGUUUCUGUUCCAAAUAGACUAAAAAAUAAUUACUUCUUCAACUGAGUGCAGUUGUGAUCACCGAGGAUGAAGUUCAUUCUAUUGGCCUUGGUGGGGCUGUUCUCAGUGAUGGGAACAGCUUCAGCGAAUCGGACCUUCACAAUUGACUACGAUAAUGAUCAGUUUCUAAAGGAUGGAAACCCCUUCCGGUUCAUUGCUGGUUCCUUUCACUAUUUCCGUGCUCAUCCAGCCACUUGGCAGCGGCAUUUGCGAACCAUGAGAGCAGCGGGUCUAAAUGCAGUUACAACCUACGUCGAAUGGUCAUUGCACAAUCCCCGGGAUGGAGUUUAUGUCUGGAGUGGAAUUGCCGAUCUGGAGCACUUUAUACGAUUAGCUGUGGGCGAGGAUCUGUUAGUUAUUCUGAGACCAGGUCCUUAUAUUUGUGCAGAGCGUGAUAUGGGAGGAUUUCCCUACUGGUUGCUAAACAAGUACCCAGGAAUUCAACUUCGCACAGCGGAUAUAAAUUAUCUUAGCGAGGUACGCAUAUGGUACACCCAAUUGUUUGCCAAGGUGUCCAAGUAUCUUUAUGGAAAUGGAGGACCAAUUAUCAUGGUCCAGGUGGAGAAUGAGUAUGGAUCUUAUUUUGCUUGCGAUCUCAACUACCGCAAUUGGAUUCGUGAUGAAACCGAGAGUCAUGUCAAAGGUCAAGCGGUGCUCUUCACUAAUGACGGACCAAGUGUUCUUCGCUGUGGUAAAAUCCAAGGCGUUCUGGCCACCAUGGAUUUCGGAGCUUCUAACGAUCUGAAGCCCGUUUGGGCCAAGUUGCGAAGGUACCAGCCAAAGGGACCGCUGGUUAAUGCCGAAUAUUAUCCUGGGUGGUUAACCCACUGGACGGAACCGAUGGCCAAUGUGAGCACGAGAUCAAUUACAUCGACUUUUAUAAACAUGCUGGACAGCGGUGCCAGUGUGAACUUCUAUAUGUUCUAUGGCGGCACUAAUUUCGGCUUUACGGCUGGAGCAAAUGAGAUCGGACCAGGAAACUACAUGGCGGAUAUAACUAGCUACGAUUAUGAUGCACCAAUGACGGAGGCUGGAGAUCCUACGCCCAAGUACCAGGCCCUGCGUCGCAUCAUCGCCAGGUAUCUUCCCCAGCCAGAUCAACCGGUUCCCGGACCCGUUCCAAAAAAAGCCUACGGAACAGUUCGCCUGGUCAGCUGCUGCUCUCUACUUUCUCCAGAGGCACGAUCCCGACUUUCCACUGGCUUUGUGCAGUCUGCAAAACCAAAGAGUUUCGAGGCUCUGGGGCAGUAUUCUGGAUUAGUGCUUUAUGAAACCUGGCUGCCCAGUUUCCAGCGGGAUCCUAGUAUCCUGAACGUUCCCGGAAUAGCAGAUCGAGGUUAUGUCUAUGUGGACGGGGAGUUUGCGGGUUUGCUGGCCAGGGAAACACCCGUAUUCGAGCUACCACUGAGUGCAAGUGCCGGAAGGAGGUUACAAAUCUUGGUGGAGAACCAGGGUCGCUUGAAUUAUGGUCGCCAGCUGAAUGAUUUCAAGGGAAUCCUGCGGGAUGUGCGUCUGGACAAGCAGGUGCUGAACAACUGGAAUAUGACACAGUUCCCGCUGGAAUCGUAUGACAGUCUGGAGCAGCUGAUUACCCAUUCGGAUGAGGCAGCUCGUCAGGAUUUCCAGCAGCUGAAGAAGUUGCGAACCAUGCUUGGCACUGGACCAGCUAUUUACCACGGCCAAUUGGAUAUCCAGAAGGAAGCGGAUCUGGCAGACACCUAUCUGGAUAUGUCCGGUUGGGGCAAGGGUAUUGUCUUUAUAAACGGAGAAAAUCUGGGCAGAUACUGGCCACUGGUGGGGCCACAAGUCACCCUGUAUGUACCGGCUCCCGUACUCAAGGUGGGUUCCAAUCGGCUGGUGGUGGUGGAGUACCAGCAGACACCCACCUCACAGGAGCUGCAUUUCCGGGAUAACCCAAUCCUGAACGCGAGAACCGUUUAGCUCCUGGCCUAAGGACCUUCGCGACGUGCAUCCAUCGCCAUAUAACAUCAUGCAUCCAUCAUUCGUUAAUGUAGAUCUAAAUGUAAAUUUAUGCGGUUUAAGUUCUUUGUGAGACAUUAAAGCGACUCCGACGGACGCGUCUUGUCUGCCUCGUUA